UGUGAAUUGCGAUCACAAACACGUGUUCAGCACUCGUGUUGUCAACAAAUAUUUUGUGUCUUUUUUUGUGUGAUUGCACUCAACGGUGAUAUUCAAUGUAACCGCCGAUGACUGACAACGAGAUACUGGAUGAGAGCUCGUGCUUCGAGACCCACAACCGCCAGAUAGAGAUCCCGUUGGAUCCCAAGUUCAUCGGUUCCGAAGAGCGCGCUAUUUCUCGCAUUUUAGACAAUAUGAAGAACCAAUACAAUCACGAAUUAAAAGGCGUUUUAUUAGAUUACAGUCACUUGAAGUUCACCACAGACUUGGGUCGCAUUAUCGAUGACCAACCCGUGGUCUUCUGGACAAUUGGUGCCAAAUUCACAACAUUUAACGUAUCCAUCGGUCAACUGAUCCGAACUAAGAUCAAUAGGAUGGGCGCCUCAUAUUGUGGUGCAUUGAUCGGCACCUGUAUUGACGCCACCAUUAUGUUUGCCGAAGACGUGGACAAACAGGAACUGAUG